AUGGCGGAGAGUCGGCAAAGGCCUCGAAACACCGGCCACGCCGCCGCAGCAAGACCGCAGAAGAGAUCCAUUGCUUGCUACCGGUGCCACUCACAGAAGAGCAAAUGCUCGGGCGAGAAACCAUGCUCGAGGUGUCGAAAGGCUGGAUACGCCUCCCAGUGUAGAUACGCAGAUCGCGACCGCAAAAUACGCGUCGGGGAGAAGUAUCUUGAGCAGCUUCUAGAAGACAGUAGACAACUUCAUGAACUCCGAAGUGGGGGGUCACAGCAUCAUUCACCCGCAGAAACCGCAGACACGACUGAUAUCCGACAGCAUGAGAGUAGUCCACCGACAGCCCAGACUUAUGCCGGAGAGGCGUCGUGGUUUCAAUCUGACGAUGCUUCUGGUCUUCCAAUUUAUACCAGCGGGGCUUCCUGUACUGUCUUUGCCUCUCAGCUGUGUCAAUGCUUGAGGACCACUGACUCUCCAGCAUUGCGUACUCCGCGAUGGAAUUACACCGACGAAUCAACAUUGAACCUUGCAUUGCACGCCGAUAUCAACUGGCCAAGCGCUGCCUAUGCACAAUUACUGGUCAAGACGGCGCUUGGUCACAUUAAUCCUGCGUUUCACCUGGCGCUGAAAAAGGACACCGUCGACGUGCUUUCAAGUAUUUAUCAAAAAGAAAGCUUUGACGACUCUAUCUUGAAACCCAAGUACUUUGCCUUAUUUGCCAUAGGGCAGGUCUACUCAAUGUCAAAUGGCACCGGUAAUACGUCCUCAAUUCCUGGUACAAGCUAUUUUGCUCGCUCUUUGCAUCUCCUCCAGGUAAUCCCAGAGAGACCCAGCAUGUUACAUAUUGAAAGCCUACUCCUCUUGGCAUAUUUCUGUCAAUUCUUGAAUAGAUUCCACUCCGCCUAUAUACUGAUAGGCAGUGCACUCCGACUCGCUCUUAGUGCUGGCUUAAACCACAAUGUCCCCAGGAACCAGAAUAUAAGUGCAAAAGACCGUGAGCAUCGCGUCAGGAUAUGGUGGUCUAUCUAUAUUCUCGACCGCUUCUGGGGGUCCAAGUCCGGGUUUCCUGUACAGAUUCAUGACGACGAUAUCCAUGUCGAUCUACCAUCAACUUUGCCGUGGGAGGUUAGCGAUGGCCAAUUUUCGGAUGGCGCAUACCAGACUGCGACCAUAGAACUGGCUCGAAUGACCGGAAAUACGACAAAAGAGAUCUAUGGCCAGAGAAAAGACAAUGGGUGCUUUCUGCAGCGUGAACAGAGGCUUUUGACCCAGUUGAAAUCGUGGGUGGAAUCUCUGCCUGAACAUCUGAAGCUGAAGCCGGAAACAGCAAACCCUAAACACACUGUCCUGAUGCAUCUGCAGUUCAGUUUCAUAGUUAUACUGGCAAUUCGCCCUGUCCUGCUCAAUUUGCUGAGCUGCCACUUGAAGAAGCGCCCAUCUUUCAGCGACGAUGUUACCCCUGUUUUAAUUACACUGAGUGAAGCAUGCAUUCACGUAGCACGAUACUCGCUGAAGCUAUGCCAAGACGAGUGGACCAGUGGGUCAAUUGCAAUCUUUGGCUACGCCUUUCCUGCCUUCAUAUUCUCCUCUGCAUUGGCCUUGACGGUAUCGAGCCUUUUACCUAUUGGCAGCACGGGCGAUCUUGCAUCUGCAGAUACUGGAAUGGAGAUGCUCAGGGUUCUCAGCGAGUCAAAUAACCUGGCGGCCAAGGACCUGCACGAGAAGCUUCAGUUUGUCCGACAUUAUCUACAUCAUCACUGCCAUUCCAUUGAAAAUGCCCAGAACCAAAACUUAAAUUCCCCGGUGAUACUGCGUGAUGAUUGCAAUGUAUCGAACCAUAACCCGUCUACCGAUACAUUCUCAAUAAGCCUCGCCCAGUCAUCGAUCUUCCCGAGUCCGGAAAUGAGCGCUGAUAUGGCGCUUCAAAGCUCCUUGAUGGAAGAAUUCCUGACGCAGCCCAUUGGAACCACAGGGUCUACCGAUCUACGUGAACUUCCACUUGACUUUGAUGCGGGGUUUCUGUGGUCUGACGAUGCAUUUAUUACGGGUUGA